AUGGCACUUUUUGAAGAUCAGUUUUCAAAUAUCGAUAUCAACAAAUCACCAAGAAGGCGAAAAGCUUAUCCACAACAUCUAUAUCCCAGAGAUCUGACUCCAUCACAUGAAAGUGUUCAACAAUCGCAAUUAGAAACUCCGAAGAGAUAUCCUAGCAACGAUAUCAAAUCACAGAGUACCGUAAGGCAACAGCAGCGCGUGCAAAGCGACAAUUCCCAGACAACAUGCCCUCUUUCCGAAACCGCAGUGUCAAAAAAGGACUUUCAAUUCUCAUUCAUGAGAGCAACUUCAUCAUCGAUUCAAAAGCGGCAAAGCUCAAAUACACUUAACAUAUCUCUGUCGUCUGCCAGCUCUGUCAAUAACCCUUCGUAUGUCAAAAAGAGACAAGAAUAUUCGAGACACCUAUCGCAUAACUACCGAGGAAGAAGAGUAACUCUGGGCCAAAAUUUUACAAAGGGUGUUAAUGCCAUAACCCCUCUUGACUUUGAUUAUUUAAAUGAUUCCCCUUCGAAGAGUUCAAAUAGUAAAACACAGACCCUGUCAAAUGAAAGAUCACCAUCCAAACCCAGGCGGCACGUGACACAGCCUAUUUCUGGUCUGUCUGACGUAUUUCAGAGACUAUAUACGCUGAAAUCAAAAUUGAAUGGUACAAAACCCCAAAGUCCAAGUGUUGGUGUACCAAAAUACUCUAAAGGGGAGAAGGUUCAAACAAUUAAGGGGCUCUACAAUAUGUUGUAUCGAAAAGACGCCAUGUUAUUCAGGCAUUCGAAUUAUGAUGCAUCCACGUCGUUCUUACAGAAACCUGUUGGUGUCAAUACUAUAUCAUUGAACCUGCUCAACAUAUACGAAAGGGGAGAAAUUGUACGAAAGGAUAGUUUAUACUAUGUACCGACAUCCCACGAACGCAACAUCAAUUUAAAGAGUUAUGGUAACAAUUUUGGAUUCGAUGACAACUCGGGAAAUUAUAUCGUACUUCCAAAUGAUCACAUUGACUACAGGUUUCAAAUAUUGCAAAGCAUUGGUAAUGGGUCUUUCGGAAAUGUAAUCCUAGCAAAGGAUCACAAAUAUACAGGAGACAAUCUAGUUGCUAUCAAAAUCAUCAACAACAACUUCAAUUCAUCUAUUCAAUCUGUCAAUGAAAUAAAGAUGCUCAAGCACAUGAAAGGGAGGCAACAUGAAAACAUUAUUGAGUUUUACGAACACUUCAACUUUAGAAGUCAUAUAUGCAUUGUUACCGAGGUUCUAUCACUAAAUCUAUACUCGGUUCUUGAAAUUACCCGGUUUCAAGGAUUUUCCAUAGAUUUAGUUAAACAAUUCGCCAGAAAGAUAUUAAGUGGCCUCGCUUAUUUGCAUUCUUUGAAAAUCGUACAUUGCGACAUCAAACCUGAGAAUAUUAUGAUCAAAUUACCAGAAGAUCCACAAGACGAAAAUCUCGUUGUUAAGAUAAUAGACUUCGGCUCUUCAUGUUUCAAUGAUAAAAAGACAUUCACAUACAUCCAAUCAAGAUUUUACAGGGCCCCAGAAAUCAUAUUAGGUGCAAACUAUGACAACAAAAUUGACAUUUGGUCACUAGGUUGCCUCUUGGCCGAGCUCUUUACAGGAUCCCCUCUAUUAGCUGGGAAAAAUGAAAUUGAUCAAAUUGGGUUGAUGUUGGAAAUUUUCGGUGCCCCUAAUUCAUCGACCAUUUUGAAGAUGCGAUCAAGAUUAACAAGAAGCUUGCUCCAGUCAUCGGAAAAGAUAAACUUGUCGUUGAAUACACCCAACGAAAAACAAAUCAAAAAGACAUUAUUAUAUAAGAUUUUUGAUCUCAAUGGUAAGAUCAACAUGUCUAUCUUGAAUCAUUACAAAACAGCAACAAAUUCAACAAAAAAACAAUUUAGAUUGAAUUCGAAAAGCUUGGAAGUUUGUUUAGGCAUUGGGAGUGCGGGAUCAACAUCCGCAAAACAAUUCACUAAUUUCUUACGACACGCGUUCGUAUGGGAACCUAUGGAAAGAGCUAGUGUAGACGAUUUACUCCAAGAUGAGUUUCUCGGUUAA